AUGGCAGAAGAAUUACCAUCCGCGAUUCCGCAAUCACAAGGAAGCUCCAUGAAGAAACGGCCUUCGAAGAAAGACAAACUGUGGCUGGAGGACUAUCUCCAUCUCCUUCAUUCUCACCAAACGCUUCACCUAACAAUCAAUCAACUUAACCAGGUCAUCCGCAUUCACGGCUUCAAGAAAAUCCACCACGCUCCCAAGAAGGUGCUGGUGGAGGCGGUGGAGGCGGUGGAUCUUGUGGAUGUGCCGCGUUCUACCCUACGUGACAGCGUGUCGGCGUUUGCGGCGGUGGCACUGGAGGACGUGUUGGCGGAUUUGGCAGAGCUGAAAUGGCAAGAGUGCUGCGUAACCUCCGUCGAGAGAAUCAGUUUCUCCGAAGGCAAGAGCGUGCUGCCUGCUUCCUCCGAUGAGAGCUUCCGAGUCACAAGCAAGUCGAAGAGGAUGGACGAAAUCCGUGACCUAAUCCCUGAAGAUUUCCGGAGAAGCCUGAAACCGGCAAAAAUGGUGCCGAAGCGUAAGAGGAGUAAGGUUCCCGCUCUCGACUCUGUUGCCUCAACUGUAGAUUCCGCUUCUCUCGCAUCCUGCUGAGUCAUUGUAUG